AAUCUAUAAACGAAUAAAUAGUCUGAUUGGAAUAAUAAUCAAAACUUUAAGGCAAACUACACAACACGUGGGGGCACAAAAUUUAGGAAUCCAACCAUCAUAGGAUUAGGCAAAUCAUUAGUGUGGGUGAUGUACUUAUGUCAACAUCCAACAAUUUAAUCAAUUUAUAAAAAAGAUAUUAAAAUUUUAGAAGGUAUAUUAAAAUAUAUUGAAGAAGAUGAUACCCAGAUAUACUUGUGGAACAUGUACUCUAAAAGAACAGAAUUACCAUAUUAAUGAGAAGGAAUUAUUAGUCAUAAAAAAAAAAUCAAAUAAUGCUUUUGAAUUAUAUAUUGUGCAUACAAUUAGAAAAACUAGAAUAUAUAGAAAUAAAUAUGAAUACAGAACAAAAACCUAACAGAGGAUACAUUAGUCACGAAUUUCACCAAAAAAAAUUUUAUCUAAAAUUUGCCUAACCUUUGUUGAUUUUUUUAUCGUAGAACCAUGUGAACCGUAACAACUCACUAACAAAAUAAUCUUAUUAAGGAGUCCAUUAACUUUCUUAAUUAGUAAUAGGAGUAUUAGAAAAAAUUGCCGCGAAGAUAUAAGCCACAGAGAAAUAUACCAAGAUCAGAUUCAGUAUUGGUGGGGUUGUUGGUUGUGUUCUACUUCUAGUUCAAGUCUUUUUGAGUUUAUCCCUAUAUGAUUUUUACACAUAAUCUCUCUGUUUUUGCAGGUCAAAAGCCAUGUCCGUCGUUGAAGCUGCUUUAUCUGUUUUCUUUGAAGGGUUGUUUAGUAAUUUGGCCUCUUCUGAGUUUCUCAACUUUGUAACUGAGAAGGAAGUUUGCGGGGAGCUCAAGAAGCUGGAAAAGACAUUGCGCAAUAUUCAUGCAGUGCUAAAUGAUGCUGAGGAGAAGGAAAUGAAUGAUGGGCAUGUGAAGAGUUGGUUGGUCCAGCUCCAAGACUUGGCAUACGAUGUGGAUGACAUAUUGGAUAAGUAUGUUACUGAAGCUUUGAGACUCAAGUUAACGAGGGAAAAUCAAGAUCACCGCCCAUGGAAGUUACAAAAGCUUGUUGAUGCUAUCUUUACCUGGUUCAGGGGUAACAAUUUAUCAUUUAAUAAGGAAAUGAUGACCGAGAUAAAAGAGAUCACUGCUAGAUUUCAAGAUUUAGAAGUAGAUAUAAGUCUCUUGGCUUUGGCGAAAAAUGGUGGUGGGAGGCCCAAGAGAACAUUGGGAUGGCGAUCAACCACUUGUUUGGUGAAUGAAACUCAAGUCUACGGUCGGGAAAAAGACAAGGAAACAAUCCUUGACUUGAUUUUUGGGAGUGAUGAUAGCAAUAAAUUUUCUGUGAUUCCGAUCAUUGGCAAAGGAGGGACUGGCAAAACAACGCUUGCUCAGCUUGUCCACAAUGAUAGGCGUGUAGUUAAGCAUUUUGAUUUUCAAGCAUGGGUAUGUGUUUCUGACGAGUUUAAGAUGGAGGAGAUAACGAAAUCAAUUUUGCAAUCAGUUAGUCCUGAAUCUUUUAAUGUUGGAGAUGAUUUGAAUAACCUUCAAAUAAAACUGAAGAAGAAGCUGGAGGGAAAAAAACUACUUCUGAUUUUGGAUGAUCUUUGGCAUGAAAACUAUGAUGACUGGACUCGUCUAAUAUCCCCUUUUGGCAUAGGAGCUACGAUUGUUGUGACAACACGUGGUGACAGUGUUUCAUUAAUGGUGGGUACUAUCCCAGGUUACAAGCUGCCAGAGUUGUCAGAUGGUGAUUGCUUUUCUAUAUUAACUCAACAUGCAUUAGGAGCAAAAGAUUUUAGUGGGCAUCCGAACUUAAAAGAAUUUGGUGUACAGAUUGUGAAGAGGUGCAAGGGAUUGCCCUUGGCAGCUAAGACCAUUGGAGGCCUUUUGCGCAAUAAGGUGGAAUUCGGUGAAUGAAAGAUACUAAAAAGUGAGAUUUGGAAUUUACCAGAAGGGAGGAGUAACAUAAUUCCAUCUUUACGAUUAAGCUAUCAUCAUCUUCCUGCAGAUCUAAAGCGAUGUUUUGCUUACUGUGCCAUACUUCCCAAAGAUUAUGAAUUUACCGAGGAAGAAAUAGUCUUAUUAUGGAUGGCAGAAGGCUUUCUGCGAGUGGAAGCUACAAAGCAAAAUGAAGAUUUGGGUCAUGAGUACUUUCAAGAACUUGUACGGAGGUCAUUUUUUGAAGUAUCCAACAAGGAUGAGUCUCGAUUUAUAAUGUAUGAUCUGAUUAAUGAUUUGGCUCAAUCAGUUGCCAAAGAUAUAUGCUUCAGAGUGGAGGGUGACAAGGCAUUGAACGUUUCCAGUCAUGCUCGGCAUUCAUCUUACAUUGGUGGCAGGAAAGACGGAAUUAAAAAUUUAAAAGUCUUUAACGGAAAGAAGGGUUUAAGAACCUUCCUACCGUUGAAGAUGCCUGGAGGUUGGUGGAAUUUCUCUAAUCAAGUUGUCAGUAAGUUGUUGCCAGAAUUUAAAUACUUGAGGGUGUUAUCUUUACAAGGGUGCUACCUAACGGAGUCUCCCAAUAUUAUUGGAGAUUUGGUGCAUCUGCGUUAUCUAAAUUUUUCUCUCACUCUAAUCGAAACUCUGCCGGAUUCAAUAUGCAAGCUUUACAAUUUAGAGACCUUGCUGUUGCGGGGGUGUUCUCGUCUUCAAGAGUUUCCUUCUGAAAUGAGAUUUUUAAUUAACCUAAGGCAUCUUGACAUUACAGGUGCACGUUCGAUAAAAAUGAUGCCAAUGGGAAUCGGUGAACUAACCAAUCUUCAAACAUUGACAAAUUUUGUUGUGAGUCAAGACAAUGGCCGUAAGAUAAGGGAGAUGGAGAAUUUGUCUAAUCUUAAGGGUGGACUUGUUAUUUCAGAAUUGCAGAAUGUUGUCAAAACUCAAGAUGCAUGGGUGGCUGGGUUAUGUCGUAAGUCGAACCUUCGUGAUUUAGGUUUGAAGUGGAGUUAUAAUUUUGCAGGAGAAGAAAUUCACAAGGACGUGUUGGAUUCACUCCAACCUGCUAAAAUGCUUGAAAGGCUCACCAUCGAAUGUUAUGGAGGUGAAACAUUCCCAAAUUGGAUUGGAGAUCCUUCAUUUGAAAACCUAUCGAUUCUGGAUCUGGAUUACUGUCCAAAUUGCACAUUAUUACCAGCUGUUGGAAGAUUACUGUCGCUAAAAUCGCUUUCUAUCCGGAGGAUGAGUAAGGUAAAAAAUGUGGGUGCUAAUUUUUUUGGAAAGGAUCUGUCGAUUAAUGCAUUUCCGUCACUAGAGAGAUUAUGUUUUGAUGGCAUGCCAGAAUGGGAGGAAUGGGAUCCCUGUGAAGUUGAUGAAAAUGUAAGGAGUUUCCAACACCUCCAUGAGCUCAUCAUUUCAAAUUGCCCCAAGUUGUUAGGAAGUUUACCUAAUCGUCUUCCUUCCUUGACUAAGCUAGAGAUUAAAUUGUGUCAACAACUGAGAAGUCUACCUAGUUGUCUUCCUUCAUUGGAGAAACUUGUGAUUCAACAAUGUGAGCAGUUGGCAGUUUCACUCUCAAGCCUUCCGAAGUUGUCUGACUUAAAAAUUGAUGGUUGCCAAGAGGUGGUGUCUACUAAUUGUACAAAUUCUGGCUCAUUCAUGGAAACAGUCCCUCUUUCAAACAUUUCAAAAUUCACUUCUCCAAUGGAGGGGAUGAUGUUAGGGUUGAUAAAAGUAGAACAUCUUUUUAUAAGUGGAUAUGAGGAGCUAAUUUCUUCAUGGCUGAACCAGGAAAGACUCUCAACACAUUUGAGGCCUCUUCGCUUUUUGGAAAUUCACAAUUGUUCAAGACUUGUUUCCAUAGGUGCAGAGGACGAGAAGGAAGAGCAUAUGCAAUUAGGAAUCCCUCGUCAUAUUGAACAUUUGACCAUACAAUAUUGUGAAAGGCUAGAAAGGCUAUCAGAAAGCAUACAUAGCUGCAGAUCCCUUACGAAGCUACGAAUUGAAGGAUGCCCAAGAUUGAUUUCAAUUUCAAAUGGAAACUUGCCACCAAAUGUAAGACGUUUAACCAUUAUGCUGUGUGAGAAUUUGCUGUAAUUGCUGGAUGGAGUAAAC